AUGAAUUUUUAUGUGACAUUUUUGUUUAACAAUACGACAAGCACAAUUCCUGAUGAGAUCGGUCAUCUUUAUAACUUGAAGAAGUUAAUCAUGGAAAAAAAUGAAUUAAGAGGCUCAAUCCCUUUAACCAUAUUCAACAUUUCAUCACUUGAAAUGUUAUAUAUGAGUGGUAACAUGCUUGAAGGACCUUUAGCAAGAGACGUUGGCAAUUUGACUAUGCUUAACGUACUUGAUCUUUCAAUGAAUAACCUGACAGGUGUAAUUCCGGAUGAAGUCGGCAACCUUCAAGGGUUAGCAGAGCUUUCAUUCUAUUUGAAUAACUUUAAUGGGUCGAUCCCUAUUGGUAUCUUCAAUAUCUCAACUCUUGUAAUUAUUUCACUCACAGAUAACCGCUUAGAUAAUCUUCCUUCCACUAUAGGCCAUGGGUUACCUAAUGUUGAAGGAAUAUUUCUAGGUGGAAACAACAUUAAUGGUGUCUUACCUCGUUCCAUCUCAAAUUUGUCUAAUGUCGCGCGCUAG